AUGUAUGCCCGCGCGCGCGCCUCCUUUGACGCCUGCGUGGAGCAGGCCGCCGACUGGGACGGCUUCAUGGCUGCCCUGGAGCGGAAGCACAUGGUUCUGGCGCCCUGGUGCGACGAGGAGGAGGCGGAGGAGGAGAUCAAGAAGCGCAGCGCCACCAAGGACGCCAUGGGCGCCAAGUCGCUGUGCAUACCGCUGGAGCAGGUGCGGCGGUGGGAGGCAGCGGGCGGCGCGGCCGGGGCGGCGGCGUGGGUGGCGCCGCCCCCGCUGCCUGAGGGCACCCCUUGCUUCGUGACCGGCAAGCCCGCCAAGAACUGGGUCCUCUUGGGGCGGAGCUACUGA